AUGAGUUUCAAUCUAGACGUGCUUUUCUUUGAACCUGCUGACUUGUGCCUGGACAACACGGCGGCCGACUUACACAAGCAUGAAACUUCUCAAGUCAAAGAUGGAGAAUUACUGUGGAUGGCUGAUGUAAACGACGAAGAGUUGGAAGAAGGAGAGUGUGAACAGAGGCGUCUUCGAUCCACCAUUGCACAUCUCAAUCAACAGUGCGACCAUUGGAAGGCACAGGCUGAAGAAUACGGCAAGAUCAUUGCAGAACUGGAUCAGCGGACAUCCCGGGAUACAGCUCACCCGAAGCUUCCUCGCGACAUCCUGCGCCGCAUCAAUCGCCUGGAAGGCGAAACGGUACGCCAGCGUGCAGAGAACGCUCAACUAAAGAAGAUGCACAAGACAACUGAGCGCGAGAACGUCCUCCUUGGCACUCAGAACGAGAACAAGGCCAAUAAACUCAAAGGUGCAAACAUAAAGGUUAAAAACGCUAAGCAAGUUGCUAGUAAAGAGGAGGGAAAAGCCAAAGAAGCUAUGGAGGCCAAACAACGCCAUCUCCCAUCCCAGCGCAAGAUGAAGAAGGAACGCGAUAAUGCUCUGGCUGCGAUGCAGGAACAAAAGAAGUCGAAUGAAGGACUCCGCGCAGAGCUUGAUACAGAACAGUCUGGCGCUCCGCACAUGCGCGAUACUGCUGUUGAUCCGGAUAACACUGUGGUUGUGGUCCCGAUUGAAUUUGAGGCUCGCUGGGUCGAUGUUCAGCGCAUCAUGGUGGAGUUGAAUCGGCACCAGAUAGCCUGGACCGCUGAUAUCGAGGCAUGGUACAAAGAAUGGCGUGGGCUUGGAAGGAAAAAGAGAGGGGCGGAGAAUGACGGUCAACGCUCCAGGUGUGCUUUGGAGGCUUCCUGUCGUUAUACUGAAGCAUGUCAUGAUGAAGAGGUGUAUGUACCUGUAGGGUCAUGGAGAAGCGCCGAGUAG